AUGUACAACAACAAUAACAUCACCAACCAGCAAUACCAGCAGCAGCAGCAGUACCAGUUUCAGCAGCAACAGCAACAGCAACAGCAACAGCAACAGCAACAACAACAGCAGCAACAGGAGUACUACCAGUCGGCUGUUGGAGCCAACUUCCAGUACAAUGCCGGCUUUGGUCAGCCCUUGAUGCAGCAACAACAGCAAUAUCAGUACCAGCAGCAGCAUCAGCAAUACCAGCCUGCCAGGCCUGGCUGGGCUGUCUCGCGUGAAGAAAAGGCCCAGUACGACCAAAUCUUUUCCGCAUGGGACCUUGACCAUUCCGGAUACAUUAGUGGCGAACGAGCUCGUGAAAUCUUUGGAUCGAGCGGGUUGCCUCCAACUGACCUUGGUCAUAUCUGGGCUCUUGCCGAUCCGAACAAUCAUGGGAAGCUCAACAAGGACGAAUUUGCUGUCGCCAUGCAUCUCGUCUACCGCAAGCUGAACGGAGGCGACGUUCCCCCUGUCUUGCCCGACGAUCUCAUCCCACCCUCGGCACGAGAUAUAUCCGAGACUCUUGACUUUGUCAAAAAGUCUUUGAUGACUGAUAUUCCUUCGAGAGCCGGGACAACCAAUUGGGGUUCCUAUGGCUCGCCCUCAAGCCAGCCAUCUUCCACCUCCCUGUCCAAGAGACUCAGUGUCCGAUCGCCGGAUGAUGUCGGUUACGUCUCUUCAGCGCGCCGAGGAAAUAUCACAGGUAGCCCUGCUUCCUCGGCUCGCCAUGUAGGAUCCCAGGAAACCUCGGUCGGUCGUCUUCAAAAGGAGAUUAGCGAGCAGCGAUUAAUCCUUGAGGCGACACUUGCACGCGCAGCAGACCCGAACAACCCAGGCGAGGAUCGGGAAGUGUUGGAUCUGAAGGAGCAGAUCCGGAACGCGCAGGCGCGACUUCUCGUCUCCUCUAACGAAUCGAUUCACCAACGAAUUCGCAGCGGCGCCGAGGAUCUGUCUCGACUCCGUGAGGAGCGUAGAAACAUGGACCACGAAGUGUCUGAUUUACUGAGAACGGUCUCACUCCUGUCGAACAAGGUGCGUGAUGCCGACAAGAGCCUGGAGGAGUCUCGCCUGGAGUUGGCUAAAUUGAAGUCAAAGGGUGCAUCCUCUGGUGACGCUGGCAUUGUCGGGACAGGGCCAGGUGGAUCCGUUACCGCUGACGAUAAAAUGAAGGCUCGCAUUGCCCUGAUGAAGGCACAACGCAUGGCUGCUUUGACUGGAAAGCCUAUCCCUACGGCAGCUCAAGCCGGUAUUGAUCCUGACCAGGCUGCGCGCAUCAGAGCAGAGAGAGAUGUCAACGAGCAGAAUGUAGCCGAGAUAGAGUCGGCCGUUCGUCGAUUGGAGGACACAAUGCGCCAACUCGAGCGUGAUCUGGACAACCACGCACGUUCACAAACAGGAGUGUCGGAUAGCGAUCGCAGGAAAUGGGAGGAAGGCGCUGGUGUUGAAUCGGACAUUGCUCGCAGGUUCAUCCAGGAUAUCAAGCCUCACGCUACCUCCACGCCACCCCAGUUCUCUUCUUAUCAGUCGUCGUCGUCGUCGUCGUCGUCUGCAUCUGGCCGUCAAUAUAGCUCCAUCACUUCCCAGAGGUUCAAUACCGGCUCUUCCGUUCCUUCGCAGCCUCCUAUCUCGUCUUCCCCUUCGAUCAUAUCAUCCCCCACAGUCUCCAGCGUUAGCCUUGUUGGCAAGACCCCUGAGGAACGCCGUGCGAUCAUUCGCGCUCAAGCGGAGAAGCGACUCCGAGACCGCCAGAACGAUAUUCUCUCCAAAACCCAUUCCAGCCGAGUUGAAGCCAGCUCCCCAUCUCCCGCACAUGCAGUCCCAGAUGUCGACGCUUUUACGAGCGCCAAAUUUGAAGAGGCUGAAAGGCUGGCGCGCGAGAAGCUUCUCGCCAAUGCAGAAUCCAAACGGCGUCAAGCAGAGCAGGAGCGCCAAGCAGAGAGAGAUCUUAAGGCCAACCAGGAAAAGCUCCAGGCAGCACAGCAUGAUGAGCAUCUGGAAUCUGAGCGCCGAGCAGCCCAGGAAGCUCAAAGGGAACUGGAAGCCGCGGAGCGUGCGAGAUUGGACGAGCAAGAGGCCAUUCGACGCAAACGAGCGGAAGAGCAGGAACAAAACCGCUUGGCGAGGGAGCAGGAGGAGCGCGAAGAGCAGGAGCGCAAGGAGCGGUUUGCCCAGUCUACGUUGGCCGCCAAGCAACAGCACCAAGCUCAAGCUCAGACACCUAGCCAAGAGCCGUCCAAGAGGGAACCAGUCCGUAUCACUCUCGACUCUAACCCAUUCGCCAAGCACCGAAAGACCAUUUCGUCCUCCGAUGAUGACUGGGACACGACCAGUCCGGUCAAUGCAACCCCUCCUACCAGCGUCCCCACCGCGGCCGUUGUUCCAUCCAACUCCAACAAUCCAUUCUUCCGAAUGAUGUCCUCUACUGCUGUCCCUCCGCCUACCUCUCAUUCCAAGGACACAUCGGAUGGCUGGGACGUGGUUGAGAAAGAGGUGGAUUUGGCGGACCAGGUGGCACAAAAACAAUUCCCUUCCGUUGCAGCAUCUGUGCCAUCAGUGAGCUCCGCUAUUCCCUUGGCUCCUCCACCCCCACCCGUAGCGAGCGUCCCUGUGCCUCCUCCCCAGCCAGCAGGAACUAUUCCUGUGCCUCCUCCCCAGCCAGCAGGAACUAUUCCCGUGCCUCCUCCUCAGCCAGCAGGAACUAUUCCCGUUCCUCCCCCUCAGCCCUCAGGAGCUAUUCCUAUUCCUCCUCCUCCACCAGCACCUGGAGCCAGCAGCGGUAUUCCUGUCCCUCCACCAGCACCAAUUGGCAUCCCUGCAGCCCCACCGGCCCCCCAAGCAGGCGGUGUUGCUCCAGCCCCGGCAGCUUCUGGUGUUCGAGGAGCGCUUCUAAGCCAAAUCCAGACCGGCGUCCGAUUGAAGAAGGCUGUCACCAAAGACAAAACCACUGUCAAAGGCGUGGGUCGUGUUUUGGGCGACGACUCAUCGGCAUCGACUGCUGUGACAGGCGGAGAGUCUGCUCACAUCUCCAGCAACUCCGAUCAAAGACCGUUGGGUAUGCCUGCUCUAGGGGGCUUGUUUGCGGGUGGGAUGCCGACGUUGAAGAAGUCGACAGGAUUCAGCACUGGUCGUGUCGACGCCCCAGCGGAGGUGCCUGACGUUCGUCGCGAGAGCACCGAUUGGUUUGGACGUCUAGCCAGUCACGCUCCUGCCGAGGAAAGCGCAACUUCUGUUUCAAUGUCUUCAAUCCAAGAGCCGCCUUCUGCUCCCUCUGCAGCUACAGCAAACGCAGUUCACCACGCUCUUCCAGAACUCUCUCAGGAUCUGACACAGCCAACAACCAGUUCUGCAUCACUUUCGAAGGUAGAGGAUUCAGUCGAGGAUAAGGUCGACUUUGAUAACGGCUACCGAGCCAAGUCUCUAUGGGCUUACAGUGCCGGAGCACCCGAUCAACUCAGCUUCGUAGCUGAUGAGUAUUUGAGCGCCUAUCCUUCCAAAGAAUCCGGGAACACAGACUGGGUGUACGGCAUCUUGGAGAAGGACGGUGCUUUGAAGGGAUGGUUCCCCAAAGCCUACGUCCAGCAGGUCGAAGAGAAAUUCCAGGCACGAGCUCUAUUUGCCUAUACAGCUCAGAAUGAAGGGGAGCUAUCUGUUGAACGCGGCGACAUCGUCUAUGUUCUUGAGAAGCCCGAUCCUCAGUGGUGGAGGGCUCAAGCAUCGUCAAACGCCAUCGGAAUGCUGCCCGCGACGUACCUUGAGGAGUAUAUUGAAGGUCAACCCCUUCCUGAAGAACAUGCCGCUGGCAAGGCGAAGGUGUUAUACGCGUACACGGGCCAGAGUUCUGAAGAACUUUCUGUUGAAAUUGGCGAAUCAGUCGACAUCAUGGAAAAGCCAGACCCCUUGUGGUGGCGGGUCAGAAACGAGCAAGGCAUUACUGGAAUGCUCCCAUCCACAUACUUAGAGGAGGUUGGAGGAGAGUCCACUAGCGGCCUGGACCACGACGGCAGUGAUUCUUCAGGCUGUGAGUCUGCAGAUGAGAGUGUCGAUGGAGGUACAGAGUCAGAUUCUGAGGACACAGACACAGAAACAUCCGAUGAUAGCGACAGCGACAUUGAUAAUGCCACCGACAGCAACAAUGUCGAGCGUCAAAAGCAUACUCUUCAAGCCGCAGCCACGAUUGCGCCGUCGGUGUCAAGAGCCCCUUCGAUCGCCAUUGCCCCUGCUCCUCGCUACCGCGCAGCACCUCCAAGACCCACCCCUAAAGGCCCUACCUCUUCACGCUCUGAUCAGCCUUUAUUGUCGACGAGCGCACCAUCAAGGCCCAGCAUAUUGCUUCGAAAGCAGUCAGAGGGCUCUUUAUCAUCUUAUCUGUCUGUCCCAACUACUCACACUCCUGCAGUGCGCCAGCGAUCGGGAAGCCACUCUGAGACUGUCUCGAGAUCGUAUUCUCAUCCUCGUUUUACGUCCGAGAGCCAAGUGAGCCAGACACGUUCGAGAGGAAUGUCGAUCGAUCGGUCUCCGAGCCCUUUGCUGCUCAACUCGCCGUCUUGGAGCGCCUCUGUUGGGAUGAGCAUGUCUCAGUCUCUCAGCGAAAAGGAGAGGAAGCGACAAGAGGCAAUCCAUGAGCUGAUUACUACCGAGCGUGUCUAUUUGGGUUACCUCUACCUUGUUCGAGAUGAGUUUCAAAGACCAUUACUUGACCAAGGUCUGGUCAGUCCAUUCGAGAGUCAGUCACUCUUUAUGGAGUGGCCCAGUCUUUUGGACCUGUCGCAGAGUAUUGUUGAUGAGCUGACCCAACGACAGGAGAGUGAACAGGGUGUCGUUCUUGCGGUUGGGGAUGUCAUCAACAGUCUCAUCGUGGAGCGCGCCGGAUGCUUCAUGAAGUAUUGUGCCAAUCACCGCGAAGCUGCAAACUUGUUGGCGCGAAGGAUGACUGAGAGUCGGCUGUUGCUUGAGUUCAUUACGGCCGCCAAAUCAAAGCAAUCGUGUCGCGGGAUGGACAUCUCCAGCUUCUUGCUCCAGCCACUCCAGCGUAUUACAAGAUAUCCUCUCUUGAUCAAAAAGAUCCUGGAGUAUACUGACGAGGAUCAUAUCGACCACCUGCUACUCACUGAGGCACUCGUUUCUGCAGAGAGCUUUCUCGACCGCAUCAACGAAUCGAUCCGCAGUGGCGAAGACAGGCAAAAAUUGAGCGAGAUUCAACGCAAACUGCCCGCUGGCGAUUUGUCCGAGGGCCUUGUGUUGACGUCUGAGACAAAGUUCCUGGGACCACGAAGAGUUCUCCAGGAGGGCAGCCUGAGGAAGGCAAAGUCAGGAAGAAAGCUGUAUGGUUAUCUCUGCAACGAUUUGCUGCUUCUCUUUGUCCCUGGAAGAGCAGCAGGUGCAUUGGCGAAGUCGGCCUCAUACACGUCGCUGUCUCUGUCAGCUAGCUCGCCUUCACUUUCGUCGUCGCCUUCAGCAGCAGCCUCGGAAGGGGGACAAAACAGCAGCCAUGGCUGGACACUCUACCAUGCCCCAAUCCCUUUAGAAAGGGUCAAGGUCAAGCCCGAUGGGAACGAUGAUACCAAGUUUACGAUCGUUGUUGCCAGCCCUGUCCCACCAUCUGCCGCCGCCCAGUUCAGUCAGAUUCCACUUCAUCUGCAAUCUCAUCAGACUUCGCAGGGCGGUCCGCUUCAGGCAAUGAUCCAUGUCAAAGCUGGUUCUGCUCGGGAGAGAAAAGCGUGGCUUGGCGCUGUGCAGAAGGCCAGUGAGGGUCUUGCCAAGGCUCCACGGGAUUAUGGCAUGCGUACAUCUAUUCGACCUUCUUUGGCAGAGACUAUCGGAACCAUGACUAUUCGUGUAAACGAAGGAGUCAUCCCUAGUCGUGAAUUUGGUAAGGAUCCUUAG